ACCAAACGGCAGUCAUGUUUGGCUUUUUAAUACAGUCAGUUUGCUGGUCUUGAGCGGCGUAUUAGCUCAUGUAAAUGUCCCAGCUUUUACUCAGGUUCGUUUUCUUCAUCUGCACUCAUGAACAGGACACAGCUGAAGCGCUCCAGUAUCUUGAGGAUGGCUUUAAGCGGUUCUGAAACGAUGGACCGGGACGAACCUGAAGAGACUUUCGUAUUUCGAGCAGUGAGAAUAGCAGCUGUGGUUGCGCUAUACUGGUUUGUCUCGAUAACGAUGGUAUUCCUCAAUAAUCACCUGCUGGACAACAAAGACUUGGACGCGCCGUUGUUCGUCACUUUUUAUCAGUGUGUGGUCACUGUUGCACUUUGCUGGCUCAUGCAGCUGCUAUCAAAAAUGUGCCCCCGACUCAUCGACUUCCCCUCGGUCAGGUUUGACGUGAAGCUGUCCCGGGAGGUCCUUCCGCUGUCCAUCGUGUUCAUCGGCAUGAUCACCUUCAACAAUUUGUGCCUGAAACAUCUCGGGGUGGCUUUCUACACGGUCGGCCGCUCUCUGAGCACAGUUUUCAAUGUGCUGUUAUCGUACGUUAUCCUGAAACAAACCACGUCUUUCAGGGCUCUGGCGUGCUGUGGGAUCAUAUUAGGUGGUUUCUGGCUUGGUGUGGACCAGGAAGGCAUCACAGGGUCCCUCUCCUGGACAGGCGUAUUUUUUGGGGUGCUGGCUAGCGCCUGCGUCUCCCUCAAUGCCAUCUAUACUAAGAAGGUAAUGCCUGCCCUGGAUGGAAACAUCUGGAAACUGUCCUACUAUAACAACAUUAACGCCUGCGUCCUCUUCCUCCCUCUCAUCCUUGUGUUCGGAGAGUUGGGCCAGCUCGUCAAGUUCAGCCGUCUCACUGACAUCAGCUUUUGGGGAAUGAUGACUCUGGGAGGAGUGUUUGGUUUCGCCAUAGGCUAUGUUACAGGGCUCCAGAUCAAAUAUACAAGCCCGCUCACACAUAAUGUCUCAGGGACUGCAAAGGCCUGUGCACAGACCGUCAUUGCAGUAGUGUACAACUCUUCCACUAAAACCCUGCUGUGGUGGACCAGUAACAUGAUGGUUCUUGGUGGUUCGUCUGCUUAUACUUGGGUAAAAAGUCUAGAAAUGAAGAAGAGUCCCAACACAGUCCCUCAGGACUCAGCAAAGGAAAAAUUGCUUUCAGGGGAUAAAGAAAACCAAGGGGUGUAAGUUAAUAAACUUUGGCGUUUUAUCUAUGUGGGCUGAGAAUGUUGUGACAGUACAAAUGGAGUAACUUUUAUUCCAGAGGAAAAAGGAAAGUAAGUUAAUUAUAAUAUUCGUGGAACCUGUCUUUUUGUUUUGGGGUUUUUUUUGUUUUUGGUUUUUUUUUUUUAUGUGACAAAUGUCGAGAGGUGAGGGGAAUUGGUAAUUUGUUGAAGUUUAUUGAAGAUGUGAGGGACAAAGUAAUCAGAAACCUUGUGUAACUGUGAUUGAUCUACUAUAGGCCUUUUUUAUCCUUAAGGAAAGCAGUCCAUGAAUGUUUUAGUCUGUUACAGUUUUGAACUGUACUCCAUUUACUACUUGCUUUUGAACUAAAUAAUACUGGAAAUUAAAAGUAAAUAUUGUCAUGAGAUAUAUUCAUUUCAUAAUCACAUUUCCAAACAAAUGUGAAGCAGAUCAGGAAAAGGACCUGUUUGAAUAUGUGCAUAUGUAUUUUCAUAUGCCACAGUUUACUUCUAUAACUGAACCUGGUUUAUUCAAAAGAAGCUACUUGAAAAGGUUUUUAGUGAGGUAUAAUUUGUAAUCUCGCUUUUUAAGGCGUCAUGAAAUCAUCGCAGCAUUUAAGUUUAACAGAAUGAGCCAUUUUUCUUAUGAAAAAUUGUAAUUUAUGGUGUCUUUGCUAAUGAAAUGAUAGUUUUCACAUGUACUCUUUUGAUUUACAGUUGACAAAUAAAAUGUAUAGUUUUUAUACAGACAUUUUCCAUCACUCCACAUUAUACAGCUUAACGGACGCAAUGUGCACAGUCUGUGUUUCAGUUAGAAACACAUCAUAGAUCAAAAGUCCAGAGCGAAUGUAGUAAAGUUUGAGUUUUGACAUCAUUUCCUGUGUGACACUUGUUAAGAAAAUGUUAAAGGCCAGCCUCAUUUUCCUCAUUUCCCUUUCACUUCCCUGUGGGGAUAAAUGAACCUGGUUGUCAUGUCAGUAGCUCAUUUGGGACAUGGGAAAGAAGAUCAGUCAUUGUGACAAUUGUUAAUGUGGCUGAUUCUUGGCACAUGGAGAAGUUUCCCUGAAACAUAAAGCUAUUUGAUAUGAAUGAAUAAAAGCUAAGAAAUGACUCUUGUAAAACAAUGUUUCUUUAUUAAAUGUAUAUGAUGAACUUUAGUCAUUUUCAGUAUAUUUAUUUAUCUACAUAGUUCUCUAGUAUCUCUCAAUAACCUUUUUUCAGUACUUUACUCAUUUUAAAAUAACAAAUUUAUGUUUUUUUUCUUACAAAAUUAGUCAAUAUUUUCUGAUUGAAAAUUCUUUAAACACAACACCAAAGAUGUGUGCUAUAAAGCUAUGUAGAGCUUAAAGUCAGUUUUCUUCUACCUUCUAUCAAAGUGGCUCUUUUCACCAGGAAAAAUCACCAUGGUAACUUAUGCUGAAUACAUAAACUAGAUGGGAGCAAGUCAUGUUUAGAGUUUUGAGCUUUCACUGAUUCUUUUAUUUACAGCAUGUUGCGUUAUACAGACUCUCUGCUGGGCCAGUAUGCUUUAUAUGUGAAAGUUGUUACCAACAUCGUGGAUGAAGUCCAGCUGUAACGCUGUAGCCGCUAAGACUGCAUCACAUUAGCACUGAAACUUACAUGCAUUCAGCUGAUGAUGCAAAAAAUGCUGAUUUUGUUUUUGUACUUGGCCCUAACCCUCUACUGCGUAGUGUUGCCCUGAGGCAACAAACCACAUUUUCAUGCCUCACAGAUAAAGAUCACUGGCCCUUCAAAAAAAAAAAAAAGUUUGUUUUUUUUCUCAAAUAAUGCUACCAGGUACAUCUCUUUCCAAUAAAA